UUCUUGGAUGUUAAAGCCGUAUAGGUGGUAGGGGGAAACGCUUCCCCAAUCCCAUGAAAAUUAAUUUUGUAAACAAACAGCGUCCCCGACUAAAGAGUAUAGAGUAUAGACUAUAGAGUCUGCCGGUCUGGAGCAUAGAAAAUAUACACUGGUCUGGAGUUCCGACUUCCGAGCGGCGAAGUGGGUGAAUCGAGUAAUCGAACUAUAGACGAGAAUUUCUCACUGUCGACUACGACGAAGGAGGUACUCGCAUUAGAACCACGCAAUCGACGAUGCGAAAUCGCCGCUUCGUUUUUUGUUGAUUCUUCUUAACGCGCCACCACUUGCGUGACGAUUUUCGGUCAGCUCGCCAAUAAUGGACGUACCUCAACCUCCGGAAGAUCACGAAUUGCGCACGAUCAUCGACAAGUUGGCAGUGUUUGUCGCACGCAACGGACCCGACUUUGAACAGAUGACCAAAACCAAACAGAAGGAUAACCCAAAGUUUGAAUUUCUGUUCGGUGGUCGUCAUUUUGACUACUACUUGCGUAAAGUCUCCACGGAACAAUCGAUAUUAAAUCAGAACAGUGUCAGAGAAAUAGCUCAAGCCGCAGUUGCAAAUAAUUCAGUUAGUACACAGCAAUUGAACAUGGCAGCCGCAGCAACGCAAUGGUUAAAUUUAAACCAAACAAAUGAUUGUCAGUCAUCAGUAGUUACCACAGAAUCCCUGAAUGCUCAACAAGCCAAUCUGCAACAACAAAUUGCUCAGGCAGAGAAAAAUUUUAACUCACAACUAAUGAUAUUGGCCCAGCAGCAACAAGUGGCUACUGAAGAUAAAAUACUAUCUGAACAGCGAGAAUAUAUUAAUUCUGAAGCCGCAGCUAAUGAUUUAUCACUAGUUGAGUUGUCAUCUGUGCUUGAACCAAUUAUUAAAGGAUGUACUAAAGAUGCAAUAGCUAAUGGUAAAUCAUGGAUUAUGAAACAAACAGCUAGUGAACGAAAAGUUGAUGUAAUCACCCAAUAUUUACUUAUGGAAGUGAUGGACCUGAAUGCAGAAUUUUCAAAACAGUUGCAUUUAAUAUAUUUAGUAAACGACACCGUUCAUCAUUGUAUUCGUAAGUCAGAAAAGAUACUGAAAACUUCGCUUGAAUCGAUCAUUGUACCAAUGUUUUGUUCAGCAAUGAUGAGGGCAAAUGAAGAUCAAAAAUCUAAACUAAGCAAACUGCUAUCUUUGUGGGAAACAAAAAAUCAUUAUUUCCCUGAAACUAUAAUGGAGCGAUUGAAAAAUCCUGAUAGAUCAAUGGCAGAAUAUAAAAGCAACCUAUUAGAAAAGUAUAGGGAUGCUGUCAAUCAACUCAAUAUGAUUAUGAACAAUACAUUACAAAAUUACCGUAGCCAACAUCAAUCAUUUCUAGCACAUUGUAACAAUCAGAUUCAGAGUAUAGAAAACCAAAAACGUUCGCUAGAACAACAAAAACAAAGGGUAACUCCUCUUUCAAUUCCUCCAGCUCAAGACGACACAAAUCGACAGCAUUUUAAUGAAGGCCGUUUACCUUCUCCUCCUUCAUACCAGAGUAACAUGGCUGGGUACAUGCAAGCAGACCAACAAAAUUAUCCGCACCAAACAGAUAAUGGAUAUCAGCAAGAUGAUCAUUAUGGACAGCCUUUACAAAAUUGUAUGCAACAACCUCCCUCUAUGUAUAAUAGACCUCCACCACCAUUUAACCAACCACCACCCAAUAUACACUUACAACCUCCACCUUCAAUGGAAUUACCUGAUCUGAGCCGGCCACCUCCAAAUUUUAUACAAAACAACUUUCCUUUACCACCAAUUCAGCCAGAUAUUACACCGGAUGAUUUGCUUCCUUCACUGCCAUACUAUGAACUUCCAGCUGGCCUUAUGGUGCCAUUAGUUAAAUUGGAAGAUAGCAAUUAUAAACCUUUAGAUCCAGAUACAAUCAGAUUACCACCACCUGCUCCACCUACAGAUCGUCUGUUAGAUGCAGUCAAAGCCUUUUACAUGCCCCCUGGGCAUUUUGCUCCACGUGAUAGUGAUGGUUGGGAAAAACUUGGUUUAUAUGAAUACUACAAAGCCAAACAUUCUGCAAAAAAACAAAAAGAAGAUGAUAUUGCUGAUAAUAUAAGAGAAAGAUCAAAGUCUCCAUCUCCAAUUAUGUUACCUUCACUGAAAGAUAAAUCACCAGUUCGAAAAAAGCGUUACAGAAGUCGUAGUCGAAGCCCAAAACCACGUAGUCCAACCAGACGAAUUAUAAAUAAAAAAAACAGUCCUCCACCAACACCUAACCGUGGUCGUCGAAGACGUUCUCCAUCUAGAUCACCAUCACCUUCUCCACCGUCUUCUCAAAGAAGUCCUACACCGCCUUCAUUUGGGGGAACUAGUUUUGGUAAAACUGCCCAAGAACGAUUGGACGAGUCAAAUAAAGGUCAUCAGCUUCUGAAAAAAAUGGGUUGGGGUGGUGCUGGAUUGGGUUCAAAGGAGCAAGGUAUCGACACACCAAUUAGCAGUGGUGACGUCCGAGAUAGGACUGAUCAAUAUAAGGGUGUGGGAAUCAGUUUGAAUGAUCCGUACGAGAACUUCAGAAAGAACAAAGGCAAGGCGUUCAUACAUAGGAUGCGUACAAGGGCAGAAGAACGAAUGGAAGGCAAUGCGUAGGGUGUUUGGAAAUGUUUCAUAAUUUGAUUGAAAAACAAUAAUUUUAAAAAAAUGGACAAUAUGAAUACUUAGUUUUUUUUUUAUUAGUUGUUUUAAAAAAUAAAAAUAGUACAAACCUGUUUACGUGUAUACAUUGUAUAGCAUACUAAUUAAUAUUAUCUUUGGCUUUGUGUUUUUAAUGAAUCAUCCAUUUCAAUUUGAACAGAAUAAAAUUACAUUUUUAGAUGGUGGUUUUAAUAAAUAUAAAAAGCCGAUAUACCAUAUAUCAUAAAGGUUUUCUUAAUUAUUUAUUUAUAUAAAAAAAUUGUCAUACAAUUGUUUUUUUUAUUAGUUGUUCACUGGUGUUUUAUAACUUAUAAUUAAAAAUGAUCUAUGGGAUACAUACGUAUAAUUAUGUGAUAUAAACUAUAAUAUAUUUGAAAUCAAUUUAGGUAUAAAUACCUAUAAAUCUAUUUAGGUUAACCUUGAGUCCACUAAAAUACUACAAGUUAGUAUUGUAAUCAUCUUUAUUAGUACAAUCAUUGAUUAUACAAACCAUGAUACAAUUCAUGUUUGGAGUCAUGACUCUCUGACUGAAAUCUCGAACUUAAUUGUGCUUGCCUACUUUAAAAUAUUUUUUUCUACCUCUGUUUGAGAUUAGUCUUAAUCAUCUCAUGCCAGUCUAUUGUUUCAGGUGAACAAUGUCCAGUUUAUUUUAUUUGUUAUAUGGUAAAUGUUAUUUGGUAGAACGCCUCUAUGUCUAUAGAGGUGUGGCUAAAACGCGUUGUAUUGUGAAUACAUUUAUAUUUUUUAGUAAUAACAUUUUAGCAUACAAACGGAAAAACACCAUAAAGAACAACAUUCAGAAAUUAUCUACUACUUUGUGAAUAUUAUUAUUUACUAUGUCUUAUUUUAUUUAUAAAAAAAAUCAAUAUAUAUUUUAAAAUAAUGAUGUUACAUUAAGUGUUGUUAUUGUCACAAAAUACUCACGAAAGCAUACAGUGUACAUUUAAUGAAUACUGGAUUAAACUAUAAUAAUUGUUUGUAUAAAAUUUAGGUAAAUUACGUAAACUUUUAUGAAAAAUUAUGUUAACAAAUGCAUAGACUAUAGUUGUACAAUUUAUUGUUUUUUAAUAAUAGUUGUACAUUAUUGGUCAAUAUAAAAUUAUAUAAAUAUUUUUUUUUUUUUUUUGUUAUUUAAGUUGAUGUACUACAAAAUAUAGUGUUUUCUGUAUAGCUAU